GACCUAGUCAUUGACCUCGGAGGACCAAUCCUAUGGUACGGCUGCGACAACCACUACAACUCUUCAUCCUACAACCCCGUCCAUUGUGAAUCCAAAAAAUGCCCGGCAGGUUCUGCAUGCACUGGCUGCAACGGCCCUUUCAAACCAGGUUGCUCAAACGACACGUGCGGUGCCUACAUACUAAACCCUUUCGCUGACGCUAUUUUUAGCGGCGAUUUAGGUGAUGAUGUCCUGUUCCUGUCCCACACCUCACUCUCACUCUCUGGUCUUAUUUCCGGUUUCACUUCCAUUGAUGACACUUCGCUUCUAAACAACUUACCCAAAAGUGGUAAAGGGAUAUUAGGUCUAGCCAGGACACAGCUUGCGUUCCAAACGUAGGUUUCGUUGUCUCAUAAGCUUCCUCGUAAGUUUUCUCUUUGCUUACCUUCUUCAAACAAGAAAGGACUUGGUUCCCUCUUCAUUGGUGGGGCACCCCAAAUUGCUUCUUCCAAGUUAACUCUCUUCACCACCCCUCUUGUUGUUAAUCCCUUUAGCACAGCUCCAGUAUUCACUGAAGGUGAUGUCUCUUACGAAUAAUUCAUUGUUGCGAAAUCAAUCAAGGUUGAAGGCCGGUUGAUAAACUUUAAGUCUUCCCUUCUUUCUAUUGACAACAAGGGACAUGGUGGAACCAAAAUUAGCACCAUGAAUCCCUUCACGGUUGUACACAGUGCCAUAUUCAAACCCCUUGUUAGGGAAUUUUCGAAGCAAGCUGGUCAGAGAAAGAUAAGGAAAGUGGCACCAGUGGCACCGUUUGGAGUGUGUUUUGAUUUUAGCACCAUUGGUAGGACUGUCACUGGACUUGAUUUGCCCACUAUUGAGUUGGAGUUGGAAGGGGGAGUAAAGUGGACAAUUUAUGGUGGCAAUUCAAUGGUAUUGGUGAACAAAAAGGUGGCGUGCCUUGGAUUUGUGGAUGGAGGUAAAGAGCCAAGGACAUCGGUUGUUAUUGGUGGGCAUCAGUUGGAGGAUAACCUUCUGGAGUUUGAUUUGGUUUCUUCCAAACUAAACUUCAGCUCCUCCCUCCUUCUUCAUGAUAAUGCAAGAUGCUCCCACUUCAGAAGCUAAUUUCUUUCCCAUUCAACUGAGCG